CCUCGUGUCGCUGCGAAGAAGACGCAUUAUCCUGAAACCAGUAUCCCAUCGAGAAGCCGGCCUGUCACGGCGUUGGGCAACCGCCUAAACGACCCGAUUAAGAAGAUGUCUUCAUUUGUCUCGAGUCCGCGAACAAGCCCUUCACUGGUCACGUCCGGAGGAGGAUAUCAAACCGGCCAGUCUCGUCGAAACCGCGCCAAGUUGGGCUGGUCAAAACUGGUCAGUGUCUACGAAAGCGAGAUCGUCGGUCUCCAGCCACCAGCCUCGGAUGUGACACAAGCCGGCCUCAAGUCGGUCUGUAAGACGCAGGCUUUGCCGAGCUCAUGCGAUUACCCUAGGCCCCGAGGGAGUGGUAUGGGUGAGACUCGGGCCUCGAGCCUCACCAUACCGGUCCAUUGGACACAACCCAUUGCUGCUAGACUCACUGUUUUCUGGCAGUCUUCUUCCCUUUUUGCUCGUUCCACACUCCCCCCCUCCCCACCUCUUCAACCAUGCAUCCCAGUGGGGACACUGACGGCUCUGCCUCGGUCUGACCAGCCGUGGUUCUACUCCACUUGUACCACUCAACCACGACACUAUCCAUCUCCCUGGGUCUACCCAUCAACUGGGGCGUGUCUGUUUGGCGUGAGCACGAACGGGCACAAGAAGACGAACCCGGCCAGGACGGGCCAGCAUGGAAAAGUCUCACUGGACCGUCCGACACGCGGAUGCACAGGCAAGUAG